AUGACUUCGACGACAACACAAGGGGGUGUCCUGCCUGUACCCAAUGAGGCUAAUCAAGGCUCCAAUGGCGAGAGGACAGACCUUCAGAGUAGGAUCAUCGUGGUAUACAUCGUUAUGACGAUUCUCUCCACAAUGGUACUUGGGUUGCGGCUGUACACUCGGACCUUUAUCCGCCGCAUGAUUGGAUUGGACGAUAUCUUGGUAGUCCUCAGCUGGCUGGGGUGUGUGGCAUGGCUGGUAGUCGGCUUUCAAGCGUUCCAAUACGGCUUCGGCCAGCAUCUGUGGAAUGUGACAGCGCAACAACUGGCCGGCUACACCAAGAUGCUGGUUGGCAUAAUGGUAGUCUAUGUCUGGACGCCUGCACUUGCAAAGCUCUCGCUGCUGGCACUCUACUAUCGUCUCAACCCGGAUUACACGGUCCGCGCCUGUAUCUACGCGUUAGCAACUCUCGUGUCUGGGUAUUCACUGGCCAUCACCGUUGUUGCUGCCGGUCCCUGCAACCCUCGAGUCCAUACCGACCAGAAAUGCCUUACUGACCUCAAUCUUUUCAUGGCGUGCGUCAACAUCAUCACAGACUUUUUAAUUCUGUGCCUGCCGAUACCGAUGCUGCGUGCUCUGCAACUGCCACUGAAACAGAAGAUCCUGCUAGCACUGGUCUUCGCACUCGGGUCUGGCGUCGUCGUCAUCUCCAUUGUUCGCAUCAUAUACGUCUACAGCAUGAUCAGCAACCCCGACUCAACUUACAACGUCGCCAAGGCGUGCAUCUUCUCCACAGUGGAGCUCAACGGAGGCGUCAUUUGCGCAUGUGCGGCGCUCCUCAAGCCCUUCAUACAGCAGCACAUGCCAUGGAUAUUAUCUCUUUCGAGCAGAACCGGAACCGGAAAUCGCUCUAGCAGCCGCAAGUUGAGAAUGCCCAAGAAGCGCAACAACGAGAAGGACCUUGAGUUGCGUGACAUAGAAGCAGACCACGCCGCACGCCGGCAGGCCAAGAAUAAAUUGAACCGCCAAAUCGCCGUGACCAGGUCGUACAGUGUCCAGGAUUCAAAGACGGGGAAAAGCAGCGGUGACAGUAUGGAAGAUCUGUUUGCACCGAGCGCCGGUUGGAACGGUGGGCGGUAGUUCAUUACUUAGGAAGUAUGCUCCUCGAUGGUAUGCCACGGAUACUAUAAGAUCCGUUAGGCUGCAAGAAGAUAUAGGUAAUGUUUGACAGGAAGCGUGAACAUUGGGACAUAUUGUACUGAACGAAUACUUGGC